UCUCGUUCUGUAGUGAUGAUAUAAAAGUUUCACUAAGUCAAGCUGUUGAACAGUGGCGGGUAAACAUGUACACGAUUUUCUUUUUGUUGUUGGUUUUUGCAGCGUCGUACGCAUACCGAUUCGACGGUGAAAUUUACGUCAACAACGAAAUAGAUGACUACGAUGUCGAUGAACACAUGGACGAAACACAUGAAACUAAGCAUUCAUCUCACAGUCAUGAUGCGUGGAAUCCUUUUCGAAGACUUUCAGGGCGAAGAAGACGAGUUUCGAAAUGCAAAAAGCCCAUGAAGAAAAAUUUCCCUUUGUGGAGAGAAUUAUCAGUAACGUAUCGAAAGUUUACGAAGUUGCCGAUGCGUACUCAACAAGCAAGACGAACUGGUUGGGAAAAGGAAGAAGACGGGUGCAAAGAUGACUUGUUUUACGUUGGCCAACGCUACGUGUACAGACAAAACGGUAAUGAAAAGGACUGGGACAGAGCAACUCUUCUUCUUUUUGAUGUUCACGGGCAUAUUGCUGGCAUACAAAUGGAGAUUUCUGCUGCAAACAAAAUCGAUCAGUUUAAUCGCUUCCCACCUUUCAUUGUGGGAAAAACCGGCGCACGCUACUUAACCGCUUACUUUACUGACCCACAAAAUAUUUGCAACAAGAAAAUUCGUAGAAAUACCAGAAUGGUUGGAGACAGACUUAUGAUCCUUAACAGUAAUAAGACGAUGCCUGAUGGAUCUCUCAUCAACGUACCAUUGAAAGAAAGCUGGAUGUAUGGAACAUUGUGGAACAAAGGGGGAUGUGUUCCAGCUAUGGGUCGCCAUUAUUUUUUCAACAUGACUGCGAAUAUGAACUGCUCCGAUUUUGUGCCUUUGUUUUUGCUUUACAACAAAGGUGUAUUAAACGGAUUUGGUUGGACAAUGGGAGGUCAUAUCAACAGCCCCACUGGCAGACUAGAGUACGCCCCAAAUGCUCUGCUGAGAAAAUUUUUCCAGCCUGGAAUUGAAUGGCCCCUAUGUUUGGACGAUCGAUCAGUUUCACAGCCUUCAGUUUCUUCGCAACAUAUUUAUUUAGAUAUUAACCCUACAAAGAACUUGUGUUAACAUUUACCCUAUGAUCAAUUGAUGUAAUGGUUUUCUGCAAAUAUAAUUUACGAGCAGUAAUUGUUUCA